UAUUGAUCCAACGCUUGUUUUACUGUUGAUGUCUUUUGUCUCUUCCUCUAAUAAACGCCCCUGAAUGGAUUCUUCUCCGUCUCCUGAGUCUGCCUUACAUGUACAUGCUUAUUUUUUUGUUUUUUCUAGGUUAUCUGGUCUUAAAAGACUUGGGCUUUAAAUUGGAUCGCUACAUUGCCUCUGAGAUAUGUGAAGACUCCAUUGCUGUCGGGAUGAUCAAACAUGAGGGCCAGAUUGAAUAUGUGAAAGACGUGCGCACCAUCACAAGGAAACAUCUGGCUGAGUGGGGGCCAUUUGAUCUCUUGAUUGGUGGAAGUCCAUGUAAUGACCUGUCCAUGGUAAAUCCAGCUAGAAAAGGUCUUUUUGAAGGCACAGGUCGCCUGUUCUUCGAAUAUUACCGGAUGUUAACCAUGAUGAGGCCAAGAGAGGAUGACGAUCGCCCCUUUUUCUGGCUCUUCGAGAAUGUAGUAGCCAUGAGUGCCCAUGACAAGGCCGAUAUCUGUCGUUUUCUGGAGUGUAAUCCUGUAAUGAUUGAUGCUGUGAAAGUGAGUCCAGCCCACAGGGCUCGCUACUUCUGGGGAAAUUUACCUGGAAUGAACAGACCUCUUGCGACUUCGCUCACUGAUAAAGCGGAACUGCAGGACUGUCUGGAGGUGGGACGAACUGCAAUGUUUAAUAAAGUUCGCACAAUCACCACUAAGUCCAACUCCAUCAAACAAGGGAAGAUGGGGCCUCUGCCGGUCACAAUGAAUGGAAAAGAGGACUAUCUUUGGUGCACAGAAAUGGAGAGAAUAUUUGGGUUUCCAAAGCAUUACACAGAUGUAAAUAAUAUGGGGCGUGGACAGAGGCAGAAGUUGCUUGGGCGGUCCUGGAGCGUUCCUGUUAUCCGACACCUCUUUGCCCCUCUAAAGGAUUACUUUGCUUGCGAGUAAAGUCACCGUCUGGACCAGGCAGCACUGGAGAUCCAUAUUAAGUCUCUCAGAUAAAUGAAUUCGAUUUUUUUUUUUCUGCAGAUUCUGACCUCAGAAUAUUGACACAUUUUAAUUUUACUCUUGUUCUUAAGUUCAGAAAGCAUGUUAUCCUUAUGAUUUAUCCUUGGAAUGCACAGCCACUUUUGGAUUGAAUUUUCCUAAGUACUGUCAUUUUUAACUUGCUUUUAAAGUGAUUUUAAUGCUGGAGAGAGCCACACAAUACUCCAUCCACUACCUCAGUGCCAUUCUGUGAUUUGUUCAUUGUCUGGAGGAAUGGCUUUAUACCUAUUUAUAAUUUAAUAAUAAAUUAAUAUUAGUUUGGUUUAGUUUAUCAAUUUUAAACUUAUGCCAGUUUUUUUUAUCACAUUUACAUUAAAUCAUUUCCAUGUUUAGGAAUAACCUAAACCUGCUGUUAAAUAUUGCAUUUCAGAAUUUUUACAAUGAUGGUAAUGUUAUCAUUCAAUGGUGCUGUUUUAUAAUACAAGUUGUUUAGCCAUCAUGACAGCUGUACUAAGUCAACAUUUAAAUGUAUUUCUAUUUAGAAGCAUCUAUUUUUUAAAUGAAAUGAAUGUUAAUAUACACCAUAGAUGACUUGGGUUUCAAUUAAACUGCAUUUUAUUUAUAGAAAUACAUGAAAUCUUGUUGUGCUCCAUGUAUUACGUUGUCUGUGAACUUAAAUUUUAACCAAAGCCUAUGGCUGAGGCUGAUGGUAGAGUUGAGUUGACAGAAGGUUUACCAUUUUUUUAAAUUGCAAUCCUGAUCAUUUUUAAUCAAUUUGCAGAGCAACACUGCAAUUUUAAGACAUUUUAUGCCUUAAGCUAGCAUUUUAGUCCAUACUGUCAUUAAAAACUAAAAACAGGUCAUCGACCCUUAGGAUUAAUUAUUUUGUUUUUCAUUUGCCCCGUUUGGUAUCUGUACGCACUUCCGUUUUUAAAAUGUUGGCUGAAACUGUGGUCACUGCAGCAUUAAUUUGUUUUUUUGAUGAGGAUUUAGCAUGCUAGAACAAUUAAGAGUUAACUGAAGCCUUUUUGUAGAACAUGAUGAAAUGUGAUCUAGGGCUUGAACUAUGAAUAAGUGCCUACAAACUGAAAUUGUGAACUGAUUGUAACUGGUAUGACUUCAGACUACUUUAAAGGGAAUCAUUUUGGCUACUUUGUCUAGUGCAGGUGUCUAAAUUGUAUGUUACCUUUUGAAAUGUCUCAUAAUAACAUUUCGUUAUCAAUUGUGGUCUACUGUCAAUAUGAAUUUAGGUGCUUCAGAAUGUGUGUAUAAAUACUAUGUGUUUUCUUUGUAGUUGUUUAGCAUAGCAUUUUUUUAGCAUUAUGUGGAUCAUGGUGAUUUGUAGUUUAGACUAUCACAGGUCUAAGCAGAGUGACCAUACAUCUUUUUUUUUUCCUGGACAUAUUCUGACAUGGAGUUCUAUCAAUGGGUUAUGUACUGUACUAUACCUGCAUGCUAUUGGUCAGAUAUUUUUAACUAUAAAAAAUAUAGAAAAACAAAUCCAUUUUGGAUAGUUUAGAAAUCCCGUUAGGAACAUGUCUGAGGAGAAAAAUGUAUUGUCACCCAAAUCAAAGCUAAUCUUUGGCUUUUGGUAGCUUUUUAAAACUUGAUACCAACUUACUCAACUAAUUGUGAUUUAAACCAGUUUUAGUGAGGCAUGGGCCAACUUGAGGUAUACGUAUGCUUUGGUGAAAUAUCAAGAAUUGGGUUACAUAUGUCUAGAUGCCUUUUGGAUGUCUAUGUCUUGUAGCAAACCUUUACAAGUUUCCAGAAAGGACUGUGUUGGUGCUGUGUUACAUUGUUGUAAAAUGUUGGUCCAUGUAUAAUUUGGAGGUGCAGAAUUGUAUUAUAAAUAACAUCUUCCUCAGGUCUUUUCAACACCAGCAGGCCUCAGGACUAUGAUCUUUAAUGUCACACUUGAUUAUUAUUAUUAAAUUCUUUGUGAACAGAAUAUACUAUAUAUUUGUACCCUUGAAAUUGCCCUUAAUGCCUCUUUUUUUUCUACUGUUGAAUGGGUCAUUCAAAACAUUGAUGUUUUUUUGGUGCUAAAUAAUAUGCUAAUGAUGUAUGUAGAUCUAGAAAGUUUUUUCCUGAACUGAUGAUUGUCAAAACUUGUUUUGUUUUAAUCUUUUGAUAUUUGAUAUAGUAUGCUUACCUAGCUUUAAUAUUCCAUGCGUGUACUAACAUAAGGGAAGAAAAAUAAAUAGCACCAACCUUG